CAAAACGACUUGCUCUGCAUUAGCUAUUUGCCUUUUCCAUAGAUAACCUAACAAAUCUUUGUUUCAUUUCCAGAAGCUGAAGUAGAGAAAACCAUCUUAAAAUUCUUUUCAUUUGAUCUCUUACAAGAAUACAGCACAAAAUACAGAGAACAAAGUAUUUAUAAAGGAGAAAAAUCAAUGGUGAGUCAGAGAAAACAGUGAACAAAAUUUCAGGGCUGUACUCUCUCAUUUGUCCUGACUAUGUCUUUUAGGAUUUUGCUUUUAGAAAUUCCACUGGGCAUUUCCUUUUCUUUGUGUGUGCUCUCAGGCUUUAGCUUGGCGCAGAAGCCGUUUGGAGCCACGUUCGUCUGGAGCAGCAUUAUCAGCGCUCUUCAAACUCAAGUGGAAGUGAAGAAGCGCCGCCAGAACCUGAAGUGUUACCACGACUGCUUCAUUGGCUCGGAUGCAGUGGAUGUUGUCUUUGCCCAUCUUCUGCAGAACAAGUAUUUUGGGGACGUGGAUAUUUCCCGGGCUAAGGUGGUUCGUGUGUGCCAAGCGCUGAUGGAUUGCAAAGUGUUCGAGGCUGUCUCAACCAGGGUCUUUGGGAAAGACAAACGCUCCGUGUUCGAGGACAGCAGUAGCAGCCUCUACAGAUUCACAAAUGCCUCAAACCAGCCAGAGCUUGAGAAAGAUUACCAGCAGUGUACCCCACAGAGAUGUGAGAAGAGCACAUUGUUCCACUCUACUCCAUUCAAACCGGAAAGCUUGGAGGAUCUUUGGGAAAACCUAAGUCUAAAGCCUGCAAGCAGCCCUCAACUGAACAUCUCAGAUAGCUUGUCCCGUCGAGUUAUUAAUGAAGUGUGGCAAGAACAAACAAUUGCUCGCCUGCUGCAGCUGGUGGACCUCCCUCUCCUGGAGUCUCUGCUUGAGCACCAGGAGAUCAGACCUCAGCUCGCCCAGCCCAGGAAGGCAGCUGGAUAUGUCAUCACAAGUAACUACCUGGACAGAGAGAUCCUCAAGGCUUUCAGUGACUCGCAGACAGACGAGUGGCUCUCGGCAGCAAUUGAUUGCCUGGAAUAUCUUCCUGAUCAUAUGGUGGUGGAUAUUAGCAGGAACCUGCCUGAUCAGCCAGACAAAGCAGAUACCUGGAAACUGCUGCUGUUUGAGAACAUUGGUAGAUACUACAGCCAAAAAAAGGAGCCACUCUUAAGCCAUGCAUCUGAAAUUCAUUUAGGAAUUGCAGAACUAUUAGUGAAUGGGAAGAUGGAGCAAUCUUUAGAAGCUGUUCAGCUCUAUUUGAAGCUCCUCGACAGCCAAGUCAGGGAGGAGUUCAGGAGACUGCUGUACUUCAUGGCUGUUGCAGCACAUCAUUCUGAGCUGAAGCUACAGAAGGAGAGUGACAACAGGAUGGUUGUGAAAAGGACAUUCUCUAAAGCUAUUAUCAACAAUAAAAACUUAUCCAGAGGGAAAACUGACCUCCUGAUCUUGUUCCUUGUUGACAACCAGAGAGAUGUGUUAAAGAUCCCAGGGGCACUGCACAAGAUGGUCAGCAAUAAACUGCUGGCUCUGCAGAAAGGCCAGGAUCCCAGCAAGAUAACAGGUUAUACCUUUUGCCAAAAACUUGAUGAAAGAGAGUAUCGAUCCAACACAGAGAAGACCACGAAAGAUGAGCUGUUAUCUCUAUUGAAAGCUAUUGAUGAAGAUUCAAAGCUCUCUGACAAAGAGAGAAAGAGGCUGCUAGGUCAGUUUCAUAGUAGUAAUCCAAGUAUUUUUAUGCAGUAUUUUGGAGACAGAGUUACUAAUAUGUGUGUGUGAGACUUCAAAUAUUACUUUGUAUACCCCAGCCAUGAAAACACUAAUAUAUUUGUAAAUCUUUUAUAUUCAUGUAUCUGCCUAAUAAAAUUAUUUUGUGGAAAAUGA